GGGUCCUUUCUCUCGCUCCUAAUCCGGGCGCCGUGGUGGAGGCGGUGGCCUGGGCUCUGGCUUUCCCCGGUUCAUUUUUUCAAAAAUUGGAAAUUUCUCUCAUUGGGACCCUGCAUUCGCAUUCUAUAUCAUCUGUAUUUUGGCAAAGGUUAAACCUGCUUCCCCUGGAGUGAAGCCUCUGAUACUGAAAGAAGUGCAGGUUUUUAGCCCGUUCUUUGGUUAAGAUGGCAGCCAAUAACGCAGUAUUGAACAGACUGGAGCAAAAGGGUGCAGAGGCAGAUCAAGUCAUUGAAUACCUCAAACAGCAAGUUGCUCUUCUAAAGGAGAAAGCUAUCCUGCAGGCAUCUCUCAGAGAAGAGAAGAAGCUCCGUGUUGAAAAUGCUAAACUGAAGAAAGAAAUUGAGGGACUGAAACAGGAGCUAAUUCAGGCAGAAAUUCGGAAUGGAGUGAAACAUAUCCCAAUUCCAUCCAGUGGGACCAUUUCAGCAGCUUCAUUUUCGGAAGACUUACCACAGCCUGCGCCUGUCACAUCCUCUCCUUCUGGUCCCAAAGACCAAAUUAAAGGUGGAAGUGAAGAAAAGAAAAAAAAGGAGAGAGCAGAAAAAAAAGGAGAGAAGAGGGAGAAGAAGCAGCCGCCGCCAGGAGCUGGGAGUGAUGACUCCAGACCUAUGGAUGUUUCUCGUCUGGACCUUCGUGUCGGUUGUAUCAUUACUGCAAAAAAUCACCCUGAUGCGGAUUCUCUAUAUGUCGAGGAGGUGGAUGUUGGAGAAGCAAACCCAAGAACUGUUGUCAGUGGCUUAGUAAAGCAUGUGCCUCUAGAACAGAUGCAGAACCGAAUGGUGGUAUUACUCUGUAACCUGAAGCCUGCAAAGAUGAGGGGAGUGGUAUCUCAAGCAAUGGUGAUGUGUGCCAGCUCACCAGAGAAGGUGGAGAUCCUUGCUCCCCCUAGUGGGGCUGUUCCUGGAGAAAGAAUCACUUUUGAAGGUUUUCCUGGAGAACCUGAGAAGGAACUUAAUCCCAAGAAGAAGAUGUGGGAGCAGAUUCAACCUGACCUUCAUACUAAUGACCAAUGCAUUGCUACAUACAAAGGAGUUCCAUUUGAAGUGAAGGGGAAGGGGGUCUGCAGGGCUCAGACCAUGGCCAGCAGUGGAAUCAAAUAAAUAAAACUAAUUACUGAGAAACUGUUCAGAAGCUUAAAUGGAAAGCAGUGCAAGCAUAAUAAAGACAUGAAUAUAAACCCCCCAA